AUGGAUCAGACAGAAUCGACGACGUUGCAGAGAUCGACUUCAUUCAGUAUCAAGAGUAUACUGCUUCCAUCCAAAAGUGACAGACAGGACAUGAGACUUCCAGAGGAACACGAGCUGCCGCCGGGAACCAAUUCCAAACCAUCUCCGGAUCCCAUCGAGACGCAGGAGUCCUCGGCGCUGGACGCAAUGAAAGUCAAAGAUGCAGAAGAAAGCACCAAAAGCGGGAAGCUCGACAAGCCGCCGUUUAGUUACAACGCGCUGAUAAUGAUGGCUAUUAGACAAAGCCCGGAGAAGAGAUUAACACUUAACGGAAUCUACGAGUUUAUCAUGAAGAAUUUUCCGUUUUACCGCGAGCACAAGCAGGGCUGGCAAAACUCCAUCCGUCACAAUUUAAGUCUCAAUAAAUGUUUUGUCAAAGUGCCGAGACAUUACGACGACCCGGGGAAAGGCAACUAUUGGAUGUUAGAUCCUUCGAGCGAUGAUGUUUUUAUCGGUGGGACGACGGGCAAACUCCGGAGGCGCUCGGCCACUUCUAGAGGAAAACUGGCUCUUAAGCGAGGGCUUCGGUUUUCCCCAUUGGGCUUGGGAAGAAAUGAGACGGCGAAUAAUCCUCUGUACUGGCAAAUAUCGCCGUUAUUAUCUUUACACCAUCCACAUUACACCGGAACGUCAGCUGGAUUUCUGAAUCACGGUCACAGUUACGGUUCUUUCGUCUCUGGAGUGGAGCAUAUAGGCGACAGGGAUCCGACGCGACCCAUUCUAGCGAGUUCUAGCGGUCCGCUUGGGUUGAGCAACAGUUACGGGAUGAGUUCGUCUCCCGUCGGGUUAUUAUCGGUCCAGUCAGGCUAUUUGCAGCACAACACGGUCAGCUCUCAGCAGACAUCAUUCACCGACACCCUACGGACGACUUUAUCAUCUUUCUCGUCUGUUGUGUCAAGCGGUUUCCCCGGAGUCACCUCAGAUUCAUUUUUUAAAUGA